GAAGACGCAGUGGCACUAAUAAAGUAAUUCACAGUCUGCGCUAACAUAUUCUACACGGAUCACGGCCCACGCAACAAGGCGCCUUUCUUUCUUUCACCAGUGCUUUCAUACGCGAGACGCGAGGCUAACGCGCCAUGCAACUAACUCCGCUGUGACAGUUCACCUCACAAUUAGUGACAUUUCCCGAGUGCCACAAUGACAGUUUCAACGGUAUUGGUUUUGUUAGCGGUGCUGACGCCACUAAAGGGACAGGACGACUUAUUUUCGAGCGGUUUUCUGAGUGGGAUAUUGGACUCUUUGGACCAAACCGUGAAGGCCAAGAGUUGCCCGGGUAUUUGCAAGAAUGCUUUCGCAGCGUAUUUCUGCAACAAGGUGCUGGAGGAAGAUGAUGACGCCUGCCCAGAUUCAUCAAUGAAAUGCUGCAUGGAUGAGGAGUCAGAUGCAGAUAACUACAUUACGACCACCGCAUUAUACCCAGUGACCACCAUCGAGCCUGGAGACAGCUCCGAAGAAAUCAGUACCAGGGCACCAGAGAAAGAUAAAGAUAGUGGUAGUGCAGCGUGCACCGGGAUAUGCGUCGACACUCAUCUAGCGCAGUAUUGUGACGCGUACUUCACGGCCCAGGACAUGUGCGUCAAGGGCAAAUUGUGCUGCGUCUCCCAGGAUAAGUUCAAGGACCGCCGCCCUUCGGAUCUCGUUGUGCCCAUCGAGAAGAAGCAGUCUUCUAAGCGGCCCAGUACUGCAUUGACGACGACCUCACCACCGAAACGCAAGUACAGGAAGUGCAAAGGCGAGUGCACGGGAGGGCUGGCCGCGCUGUUCUGUGACCGAGUCGACGAGGACGCGGACUGCCCCAACUUGGAGACGUGCUGCCUCAAGGACACGAGACUGGAGACCACCACAAGACGACCUGCCUCCUCACCACGGCCGAGACCCAGGCCCACUCAGCCUCCACUACCGGCUUGUCCUGGAUACUGCUUCCUGAACUUAAUGGCGGCGUUCUGCCCAAGACCUUCCGUAAUCCUCACCAACACCGACUGCAAGAACAUUGGAUCCCUUUGCUGCGACACUAGGCCGACCGCUACCACCACAACCACGACGACCACCACCCCAGCCCCCGUCGACCCUCGGCCAGACUGCCCGGGGUCCUGUAUCGUAGCUCUACUCUCGUUUACUUGCUUCCGCAAUGCGGAACUAACGAAUGUGUUCAAGUGUAAGAAGACCGGCACUCAGUGCUGCGCUCCGAAGUCCAAGAUCCAGGAGGCGCUGGGCCGCGUGGACCGCAACGACUCCCUGCCCCUCGCACCGCCGCCCCCGCACCAGCCCCCCGCGCACUCCCCCCCACACGCGCUCUACACCACGCCGUACACACACACAACGCCCGUCUCACCUUUUGAACCAAACUACGUGUCGACGCUUACCUCAACUGAAAAAUACAACAAAUAUGUGUGCGGAGUGAAAGGUACAACAGGUCGAUCGGCUCGAAGAUUGGGGGAGAGACAUGGUCGCGUCAUGGGGGGAGAAGACGGAGAGAGGGGUGAAUGGUGCUGGCAGGUCGCAUUGAUAAACUCCCUGAACCAGUAUCUGUGUGGAGCUGCCCUCAUCGGGACGCAGUGGGUACUCACGGCAGCGCAUUGCGUCACCAACAUCGUAAGGUCGGGAGACACAAUGUACGUCCGCGUUGGAGACCACGACCUGACCAGGAAGUACGGCUCCCCGGGGGCUCAGACCCUGCGCGUUGCUACCACCUAUAUUCAUCACAACCACAAUAGCCAGACCCUUGACAACGACAUUGCCCUUCUCAAGUUACAAGGGAAAGCGGAACUUAAGGAAGGAGUGUGCCUGGUGUGUCUUCCGGCGCGAGGAGUCAGCCACGCGGCCGGCAAAAGGUGUACUGUCACUGGAUACGGAUACAUGGCUGAAACGGGUCCGAUCCCUCUGAGGGUACGCGAGGCUGAAAUCCCGAUAGUAAGUGACGCCGAGUGCAUCCGUAAAGUGAACGCAGUCACCGAGAAGAUUUUCAUCCUCCCCGCGAGUUCCUUCUGCGCGGGGGGGGAGGAAGGAAACGACGCCUGUCAGGGUGAUGGUGGAGGACCACUAGUGUGUCAAGACGACGGGUUCUACGAGCUGGCGGGGCUGGUGUCCUGGGGCUUCGGCUGCGGCCGCAGGGACGUACCAGGGGUCUACGUUAAGGUCUCCGCCUUCAUAGGGUGGAUCAAUCAGAUAAUAUCCGUCAACAAUAACAAUAACAACAUAGACUGAUCAUUGCUGGUGUGAUGUGACUCAUUAUGGAUGUUUUUAUGCAAGAGUUAUCGAAUUUUCACUUUACAUUGGAUGUUAAAAUUUAAUGAGUUUCCACACUUAAUCUGUUUUGCAAGUUUAAUUUAAAAAUCGUAAUAUUAGUUAAAAAAGUUCUCAAAUUUAUUUGAUAAUCGACGCCAAUAUUAUUUUGUAUAUUUAUUAUAGAACGGGUCGUAUCUUUGUUUAUGAAAUAACAAUAUCAUGAGCAUUAAUUGCUUGAUAAAAAUUAAACGAAUUUUGAUCAUCAAACUUUAUUAUCUAUUUUAAAUGCAAAAUUAUAUAUUAAUAAGUUAAGAACAAAACUGUAAUUAGAUAAUUUAAAUUAUAUGAUUUUAGUUAUUAUAUUCGAUUUGGAAUUGCUCAAGUUUAUUGUCGUUAAAAUUUUGAAACUAUAGUUUACCUAAAAAUAUUUACAAUACGUUGGUUUUGUAAUCUACAUUAUUGAGGUAUUUAUUCCCUUAAUGUUAGUAAAACAUUAGGAAUAAUUAAAUAGAUUUUUUGCUGAA